CAUCUUCUUCAUCCUCGGAGAAGAAAAACAUGUUUGUUUCCGAUAACAAAUUAACAAUCCUUCACGGGACAUAAACAUGAUGAUCGAUGUGACUACAUCAAACGGAGAUCUACCCACACAGCAACAACACCACCACCACCACCAGAUAAUCCUCGGAGACAGCAGCGGAGGAGAGGAUCACGAGAUCAAAACACCAAAGAAACGAGCAGAAACAUGGGUACAAGACGAGACUCUCAGCUUAAUCUCGCUACGGGGGGAAAUGGACAACCUUUUCAACACAUCCAAAUCUAACAAACAUCUCUGGGAACAGAUUUCGAGCAAGAUGAGGGAGCAAGGGUUUGAUCGGUCACCAACUAUGUGUACGGACAAGUGGAGGAACAUUUUGAAAGAGUUUAAGAAAGCUAAGCAUCAAGAUGAUAAAGCAACAACAAAUGGAGGAGCAGCGAAGAUGUGCUAUUACAAAGAGAUUGAAGAUAUCUUUAGAGAAAGAAACAAGAAAGUGGCAUUGUAUAAGAGUCAUGCUACUCCUCCACCAUCUUCUUCUGCUAAAGUUGAUUCCUUUAUGCAAUUUACAGAUAAAGAGUUCUAUUUGGCAUUUCAAAAGGUUGGUAAUGUAACUCUGGGUUGUUCUUGA